UCCGCGAGUGCAGCAGCAGCGGAGCUCUGUCUGCGUCACGACACAAACAGAGACCUGAAAUAACUUCACCUGGCGAGUUGCUUGACUUUCUGUCACUCAUCGGGCGUGAGGUGGGUUUUUCUUAGGCCACCACUUCUAAAUGGCAAGUUCAGGUUCGGAUGCAGGACGGCAUCUUCUUCAGCAGGCUUAUCAUCAUCAUCAUCAUCAUCAUCCCGAACCGGCGCCCGAACCUGCUGUUCGCGAGGCGCAGAGAUGGAUAGAGGUAGUGACCGGCGGGAGUUUUACUGACAGUGACUUCAGAGGUGGACUCGACAAUGGCAUCUUACUCUGCGAACUCCUGAACACAAUCAGACCGGGUCUCGUGAAGAAGAUAAAUAGACUGCCCACUCCUGUAGCUGCUCUGGAUAAUGUGGCGCUCUUCCUGAAGGGUUGUUUGGAGUUAGGUUUGAAGAGCUCUCAGCUAUUUGAUCCUGGAGAUCUACAAGACACCUCUGCACGCUCUAACAAAGGUCCAGACAACAACAAGAAGUUAAAAAAUGUUUUGAUCAACAUCUACUGGCUGGGCCGAGCAGCCAAUAGCAGCACCACAUACAACGGGCCCACCCUGGACCUGCACAAGUUUGAGGAAUUGCUGUCACAGAUGAGAAAGGUAAAAACAAAUCAAAACCACUUGCAUUUAUAUCUGUUAUUAACACUAGAAAUGUGAUUUUAUAUAAUUGGUGGCAUGUACAGAACAGAACAUCAAUCCGAUAAAUGUCAGCAUAUUUAUUAGUUUGUCAUGAAUCCUCAAAUCAGAGACCAGAAUAUCAUAAAGUUUGAGAGUGGACUCUUGACUUGGACCACCCGGAUUUUGACUUUUUCAGAUUUUUGUUGCACAAAAAAAAAGAAAAAGA